CAACACUUGAAAAUAGCAAUGCCUGAAAUGUCUCUCAUCCAGACCUUCCUACUCUCCCUUCAAACAAAUGCUAGUGAGGUUCCAAAAUGGCUCAAACAAUGAAACAUGAACAAGGAAGGCCUAAAAUUAAACCCUGCUUGCUUCUCUUCCACUCACUAUCCCUCUCUCACCUUCCCUUUCUUGGCUUGAACCUAAGGCAGAGCCUCCCUCUGCCUUAGACCUGGACUACCAACAAUUCCGACAAUGGCAUUCCAAGAUUUCGAUAUCAUAAACGAACGGAGACGACAGGAGAGGAGAAAAAAGAUCCAGAAGAGAAUCCUCAUCGGUCUAGUAUCCACCAUUCUUCUUGUAUGCAUCAUAGGCGCUGCGGCCUACGUUGGACUCAAUUCCAAGUCCUCCGGUGGAGGUGGGAGUGACCACGGCAAGUCACCGUCCAAGCCGAGUCAUCAGCCUACCACCACCUCUGCUUCCGCCUCGGCCUCCACCAAUACCAAAGCAUUGGAAGCUUCAUCAAAGAUUGUGAAAGUAAUAUGCGAAGCUGCAGAAUAUAAGGACAAAUGCGAAAGCUCCCUUGGCGAUGCUGUUAAGAAUGACCCCAAUGCACAACCAAAAGAUCUGCUUAAAUACUCCAUCAAACUAGCUCAGGACGAGGUUGGAAAGGCCUUCGACAAAACCACCUCCAUGAAAUUUGAAUCCGAAAUGGACAAAGGAGCGUAUGAAGAUUGCAAGCAGCUUUUUGACGACGCCAAGGAAGAACUCGGCUUCUCCAUCUCCGAAAUCACCGCUGAUGAUCUCAAGAAGCUUUCUACAAAAGCCCCUGAUCUCAACAACUGGCUGAGUGCAGCUAUCUCUUACCACCAAACCUGCAUUGAUGGCUUCCCCGAAGGGGAAUUGAAGACACAACUUAAGGAUGUCUUUAAGGAUUCUCAAGAAUUUGUUAGCAAUUCGCUUUCUAUUGUAACUGCAGUGUCCACAGUUCUUUCUGCCGUGCAAUCAGUUUUGACUCGCCACUUGCUUUCGGAGAAAAACGGCAGCGCUACUCCUUCUUGGGUCAACAGCGAGGAUCGGAGGAUUCUGAAGGCGGCCGAUGACAAACCCACCCCGAACGUAACUGUGGCAAAAGAUGGCAGCGGCAACUUCAAAACCGUCUCUGAAGCCUUGGCAGCCAUUCCAGAAAAAUAUGAUGGACGCUACGUAGUUUAUGUUAAAGAAGGAAUAUACGAGGAGACAGUGACUGUUACAAAGAAAAUGGAAAACAUGACCAUGUAUGGUGAUGGAUCACAAAAGAGUAUCAUCACUGGCAGCAAAAAUUUUGUAGAUGGAGUUAGGACUUUCCAAACUGCAACCUUUGUGGUGCUUGGAAAUGGGUUCUUGGGCAAAGCAAUGGGAUUUAGAAACACUGCUGGGCCGGAGAAGCAUCAAGCGGUGGCAGCCAGAGUUCAAGCAGACCGUGCAAUGUUCGUUAACUGUCGCUUCGAGGGCUACCAAGACACACUAUACGCCCAAACCCACCGCCAAUUCUACCGGAGCUGUGUCAUUUCCGGCACGGUCGAUUUCAUCUUUGGCGACGCAGCCGCCAUCUUCCAGAACUGCAUCAUGACACUUAGAAAACCAAUGGACAAUCAACAAAACAUCGUAACUGCUCAAGGCAGGUACGACCAAAAGGAGACAACUGGCUUCGUUCUGCAAAAGUGUGAUAUCAAAGCGGACGACAAGCUAGCUCCGGAUAAGGACAAGAUCAGGAGCUACCUUGGGAGGCCAUGGAAGGAGUACUCGAGAACCAUUGUAAUGGAAUCCGAUAUUGGCGAUGUAAUUCACCCUGAUGGGUGGCUACCUUGGGAAGGCGACUUUGCACUCAAGACACUAUUCUAUGGUGAGUUCAACAACACAGGACCUGGUGCCAGCACCAAUGCCAGGGUCAACUGGGUUGGCCGCAAAGUCCUUAGCAGGGAUGAGGCUAGCAAGUUCACUGUAGGAACUUUCUUGGAUGGAGCAUGGUUUAGUGGUAGAGGCGUACCAACUCAAUAUGGCUUGUACAAUUGAGGGUUUAGUCAUAUAAUUCUAUGCUUGUGGUUCUUUGUUGAAGAGCCAGUAGAGUUUGGUGCUCUCAUGUUGUGCCACGUUUUGUUCCGCAGUGUGGGGAAAUCUAAGGCUCCAUGCAACUGAAGUUGCUCAAUUUGAUUGUUUUUUGGUAUUGAACCAACUUUAAUUUGGUUGGGUAGGAAAAGUUUGCACAACACUAUUACCAAGUGCUUGUGACUAUAGGAAUUAUAUACAUACUAGUUUAUUUAUUCUCGCUGAUAGAAGCGAAAAAUAAGUUGAUCAUCAAAUGUUUUAUAGAAUCAAAUUGUCAUUCGUAGUUCUCUACCAAAAAUAAAUUGUCAUUUGUAUA